UGCUGUAGCUGCUCUAUGGAUAGAGAACUUUUGACCCUAAAAACAAUCUUAUUAAACUUUCUGUCUAAAUUCAGGUUAAGUAUAAAGGUGAAAGUGCCAGAAAAGGGUGUACUUGAGGUUAAAACAGCUGGAGUGGUGCCAACAGUCCUAGCUGAUGCUAAAUUCCGUUCCUUUCUGCCAGUUGCCUUUGACAGGGAUGAAGUACGAGCACCAAUUCCACAAAAGCAGGAAAUUUUGGUAGAGCCAGAGCCCUUGUUUGGAGCUCCUAAACGACGCAGACCUGCCCGUUCAAUAUUUGAUGGUUUUCGGGAUUUUCAAACAGAAACCAUUCGGCAGGAGCAGGAGCUGCGGAAUGGAGGUGCAAUAGAUAAGAAACUCACUACCCUUGCAGACCUCUUCAGGCCUCCCAUCGAUCUGAUGCACAAAGGCAGCUUUGAAACGGCCAAAGAGUGUGGUCAGAUGCAGAAUAAAUGGCUCAUGAUUAACAUCCAGAAUGUGCAGGACUUUGCAUGCCAGUGUCUUAACCGUGACGUCUGGAGCAACGAGGCUGUGAAGAACAUUAUCCGGGAGCAUUUCAUUUUUUGGCAGGUGUACCAUGACAGUGAGGAAGGACAGAGAUACAUACAGUUUUAUAAACUGGCAGAUUUCCCUUAUGUCUCCAUUCUGGACCCGAGGACAGGCCAGAAAUUAGUGGAGUGGCACCAACUGGAUGUAACUUCUUUCUUGGACCAAGUGACUGGUUUCCUGGGUGAGCAUGGGCAACUGGAUGGACAUUCUACCAGCCCUCCCCAAAAAUGUUCCCGCUCUGAGAGCCUCAUUGAUGCUAGUGAGGAUAGCCAGAUGGAAGCUGCCAUCAGGGCCUCCCUGCAGGAGACGCAUUUUGAUUCCUCCCAGGUCAAACAGGACAGCCGAUCAGAUGAGGAGUCUGAAUCUGAGCUUUUCUCUGGAAGUGAGGAAUUUAUUUCUGUUUGUGGCUCCGAUGAUGAUGAUGAGUCCGAGAAUCCUGCCAAGUCUAGGAAGUCUCCACACAAGGACUUGGGGUGUAGGAAAGAGGAGAGCCGGAGGCCUCCGCCUGACCCCCCCACAAGGACUGAUCCUGUAACAACAUCAAACCAUCGAGUAGUGUCCUGUAUUGAUGCUGGGAUACUGGAGGAAUCGGCUGACAAGCCUGAAAGUGCAGUGGAGGGAUUGGAUGCGAAUGGACCAAAGGCACAGCUGAUGCUAAGGUAUCCAGAUGGAAAGAGGGAACAAAUUUCACUGCCUGAACAAGCUAAACUUCUGGCUCUCGUGAAGCAUGUCCAGUCAAAAGGAUACCCUAAUGAACGUUUUGAACUUCUCACCAACUUCCCUCGAAGGAAGCUUUCUCAUCUGGACUAUGACAUCACAUUGCAGGAGGCUGGCCUGUGCCCUCAAGAGACUGUCUUUGUGCAGGAAAGGAAUUAGCACCAAGGCCUGAGCUCUCCCAGCCUCCCUCCCCUCCACUUCUUUGCCUGUGAUACCAAUGCACUAAGUAUGCAGCUGGGCUCAUGGGAUCAUCGAGCUGAAAUCAGACAGGCAGGCAUUUGCCACAUCUCCCUCUUCCUCCUUUCUCCUAGUUUUGUGACCAAAUGAAAAUGCUAAGAUAUGAGCUUUCCCAGCUUUGGCCUUGGAAAAAUCAUGCGCUAAUUGUGGAGGAACAUGCCUCCUACAACUGCACAUCCCUUUCUCGGAAUAAGAGGUAGUCUGUGCAUCCAACAUGCUGGGGUUCGGGAUGGCCAUAACAAACAAAUAUUUCUCACCGCUACCCCUAAAAGAAAAAUCUAUUUUGUUAAUAUAUUUUAUUUUUAUUGAGAAAUACCAUGCGGCUAGGCACUGAGUUGUCUCCCUAAGCAGAGAAAUUGUAAUUUGCAGUAGAAUUUUUCUUCGUUUUGGUUUUCUACACAAAAGGUCUCCAUUAACCUUACAGCCUUGUGAGGAUCCCUUGUCAUGUCCUCUGCAGAAUACUGAUUUGCUGGAAGGAUGUGGUGUGAGCUGUAUUUAACAAUUCAGGUUGGGGCAGCUUGGUAGAUUACACAUGCAUAUUUUUCUCUCUCUUCCUGCUGAUGAGGUGGCAUCUUGUUUUAAGUGAGGGUUGACCUGCCAGUGGAUUUGGCAGAUAUUUAGCAUGCCUGAUAUGGGAAUUGGAUGCUUGAUCUGGAGCUGAAACCUGCUGUUUUCAUAGUUAAAACUUACCCCUCCAGAAUCUAUUCUCUUAUUCCAAAACGUGGCCUCUUUGUUGUCAGGACUUUAUUGGUGGUGGGAUAUUGUAAGAAUCUCAAACAAAAACUUUUGCCAUCGUACAAUUUAAAAACUAAUUUGAUUCUCUGUUUCCUAGGUAAUUCACUUUCUUGGGGCAAUAGGGCAUUCACAAAGCAGUCAGGCUAUAAGAUAAGUAGGCUCUAGUGCUGAGGUUCCUUUUUAUUAUAAAUUAUAAAAAACUGUCAUUGAUGGACAUCCCACUAAUUUAGAAUGAUCAUUUUAUUGGGUCACAUCAUCAGGGUGACUUGAACUCUCUGGGCUAUUUGAACUCUCUGUUAUCCCACUUCCUAAUUGGAACUGCAGUGAAAUAUAUAGAAUUGUAUCUGUAACAAAAGUUUUGAGUUGUGUAAAGCAACGGUAACUAACUCAUGUCAGUAUGAUUCUGGCUUUACGUCGUUCAAAGCUAUAAAAACUGUCAGUGUAAGCCAUACGUACAUUAUGACUAAGGAAUCAGUUAACCAAACAUAUAAUGCAACGUACAGUGCAUCCAAAUGGCUUUUUGCACCAUGUACUCUCCUUUAUCCUCAGAUACUUUACCCUGAGUCUGAGCACAAUCGUGUUCAAGGAUUUACAGAAGACUGCAGUGAAACAAAACCAUUUCAUUGCUAACUCAUCCUUUUACAGAAACUGGUACUGAUCCAGGGUGCUCUUUUGUAACUGAUAGUUUGUGUUCGCAUAUUCUGUAUUUGUGGAGGAAAACAAGCUGCUUCACGUUGGACAUAAAAAUACAGGUAGGGUUAACUUGAGAAUCAGACAAAACUGGCAGUUUUUAGAGGGUGAAAGAUUAGUGUGCCCCCCUCCCUCUCACCCCCCCCCCCCCCCCCCCCCCGGCCAAUUUUGCUUCAUUGUGUUUGUCAGGAAAUCUUAUCUCCUGGCAUCAGUGUCAAAGAAAAGAAUUAAUGCUGGCAAUAACUAUUUCCAAGCCAGAAAAGAACCCUCUAAGUGGAUGGCUAGGAAUAUUAUGUGGGAUAAAACUUUUCAAGAUACUUUGCCUUUAAUUUCACUCCAGGCUGCAUUCCUACAUUAGAGGAUGUUACACGGGAAAUCAUGGUGAUUACCCAGUUUAUUCCUUGUGGGUCUUUGCAAGCUAACUGUCCUUUGCCCUUAAAACUGUGAAUUCUUAUAUAUAAUUUAUAAGUAUAUUUAUACAAUGCUUUACGAAUGGAUGAUUUGACUAAAAGCAUUCACAUUGAUACCACUUUUUGAGUUCUGCUCCAGGAUACAAAAGCCAGUUCUGAUCUCCAUUCCCUGUCUAGUUGUCGAGUCACAUCAAAGGUGACAUGUUGAGACUCUAAAGUGAUAACUGGUCGUUAUCAGCAUUGUUCUCAAAGGGAACUAUUCCUCCGCUAUACUGACCCGAGAAAGAGAACUGGAACAAUCAAAGAGAAAGGGAGGGCACUGGUGGUUGUGGGUGAAGGAAAAAUGGUGCUUCUAGAAUGGAGGAUACUCUGAACCACAAAAUACACAAUUCAGACUUGGCCGCAUAGGGAGCGGUGAAGCGGUAGCCUGUAUCAUUUAGUUCUAAAUGCUUUCCUGGGCUUCCAAGGGCUAAUUGAAAUGAUUAACUCUGACACUUGUGUGCAUGAAUCUGUUUGCACCUUCCCAACUGGUGAAUGUCUGAAGAAUUUGAGGUUUAAGAGCACCAAGAUUUAGUAUCUAGCAUUUAUCCAUGGGCUUUUCCUUGUGCACUAAAUUGAUUGGUUAAGGCUGCAAGUUUCUGUGGCUCUCCCCUGAUGCCCCUUUAUGUACAUGGGAGUGGGGGCCUUGGCAGUUCCACUAACUCUUGUGUUAAAUUAUUUCUGUUUUGGGGGGGGGGGGGGGGGGGGGGGGCGGCGGCGGCGCUGAUUGUUCAAAACAAUAUUCUGAUUGGGUAGUUGGUCCUUUUUGACAUCAUACACUCUCAGCUAUGAUCUCCCUAAAUAAUUCUGUACACACUUUACAUUGAAUGGAUGGAGGGGAACUUCUCUUCCGAAACCCCAUUUUUAAUUACAUUUUGACUUUAGCUGCAAGGCAGCCAAAAGCCAUAAAAGCUCCUUUUUAUUUUCUCUUCCUGCUUAGUUGCAAGGAGCUAGACUCUCUUAUACUGGCCAUCUUGCAUUAAAAAGCUGAAUUUAGAGUCCUGAACCAGCUUUUAAGUCAGCUUUGUUAUGUUAAAAGCUUGCCCACCCACCUCUCAAGCAGUCUGGUCUGGCAGGGAAGCAAUAAUUAUACUUUGAGAAGAAGCCACUUAUGCUUUUUAGUGGUGGAGGUAUGAAAAGAAAAUCUGCCUCUUACCCAGUCUGGCAGUGGUGCUUAGCACUAGAUUUUUAGCAUAAUGUAAGCUGAAUUGGGAGCCUGCAGCUUGCUCCCAGUUCAUUUUUAAGCAAAUGACAUUUUUCAAAAGAGCCUAGCUGUUGGACAAGGAGGAAGGUGAGGGAUUUCAGUUGUCCACUGCCAUUUCCUUCUACUCCAUCUCCUUGCCCAACUGUACUUUAACUACUGGGUAAUGAAUUUCUAUACAUUUUCAUAUUCCUCCAGUGAUCACUAAUCUCCCAAACUUAUUUUCAUGAUUUUAAGAAGUUGAAAGUAGCCAUUGGCGAGAAACUGAUGAAGAAAGGCAGCUCAGCUCACUGGGUUGGAGAUCUGAAGAGACAAGAUGUCAAAACUCCAGGGAACCUGAAAGGAAGGAAAAUACAACAAUAAAUAUAUCCAUAACAUAGUACUUUCUCUUGUGCUGUGAACAAUAGUAGAAAGGUAUUUGGUGGAUUAAACCCCAUUCCCCAAAGAAACUGGCUUCUAAUGUUUUUUGGUUUGGCUUUUUUUUGAGACGCUCAGAGUGGCAUGGAUCCUUAAUUUUAAGUAUCUGAAGCUGAGGUGGUGAUCACUUAUUGUACCAGUGCACACCCAUUGAGAAUUUUUCCUCUUAGAAAAGCAAGCUAGCUACCUGACUUAGAUACACAGAAGGUUCAAAGAUAUGAAAUACUUCCUGCACUAUGACUAUUUCCAGUGACUUCAUUUAACACUAUGAGUAGGUCCUGGCAAUUGGGGGGUGAAUGGCUGACUGAUCAUGGACUAAAACAUGAUCUUUGUGCCAGGCCCUGGUAGCUUGUCUCUUCCCUUCCCAAGAAGUGGUUAGUGCUUGUUCUGGUUGGGUCCUUUUAUCUUUCAGUUCUCUGCAUCUCUGCCAAAGUCCCAAGUUCCCCCUUACACACAUCUGUCUUUUUAAGACCCCCACUGCAAACCUCAACUACACAGUAUGGCUAAAGCAUUGUAGUUCAGACUCCCAAGAGUCAGUAGGUGGCCAGAGAGGCUCCUGUUAAGAGAAAUCUUCUCUCCUCAGUCUGAACCUUCAUGCAUUGCCUCUGACAGACCUAGUCUUAAAAGGCUGGAGGAGUGAGCCUGGGAAUCUAACCUGGGAUUUACAUAGAACAGAGCAUUGGCUGGCAGGAAUGUAAGCUAGCCUGGUCAGAGGUUUUUUGUAUUGACACAGAAGGCGCCCUGUAAACAACAACUUUGUCAAAUUGUUUCAUGACACUGAGGCUGUGAUGCGCAUUACUUUGGAGUGGGCUGGGGAAAGGUCUCAUGUUAGUUGCAAGGGAAAGUGGUGAUCUAAGGGCUAGCAAAACAAAUGUUUGGAAGUGGACGUGCUGUGUAGCUUCAUGCAAGACCCUUAACCUAAAUGACUGCGUAGUUUGGUCUUACUAAUGGGUGCUACUUUGUGGGUCUGUCAUGAAGAGUACUAGGGAGUAGAGGUGUGUUUAUAGAAUGGGAGUCCGUGUCCUUGGCAGGUACGGGAGGGAAUAGCCAUCUCCAUCCUCUCAGAUUAAUAGUAUUUCAAACUCUUAUGUUUUGAUUUGUAGUUCCUUUCUUUUAAAAGGAGCAGUUUGUCCCACGUGUUCCAUUUGUCUUGUUUUGCUCUCCAACUCUGUUAAUUCCUUGAAAAUUAAUCAUGAGUAUAGCAGUUAAUCAUGACUAGGAGUAGGACGUGUAUGGUAGCUUCAUAAACAUCAGAUCAAGAGAGCAUCGGUUUAAAGGAUUAUGAUACUAGCUCAUCCCUACCGAGGAGGAAUUUGAGAUGCGUGACUCCCAGGAUACUGGGAGCCUUGGCCCUCUUAUAGUCAUCUCCUCCACUCCCUUGUAGAGCAAGCGAUCACCACUAUGCUAGGUUUGCAGACACAGCAUAUAGUAAAGCAAGCUGACUGAAAGCUUCAACCUUGCAACACACUCUGCCCAGAGAAGGCAGUGAGGGCCUGAGCAAAAGCCACUGGGAGUCUUUUCACUGACUUCAGUGAACUUUGAAUUAGGACCUAAAAGAUUGGUAUUGUACACUCACAUCCUAAGCUUUACUUCUGGAAGCACAUUGCACUCCCUGGUAAAUCAGCAAACGUGCUUGUACUCUUUCUUUUUGAAAUUAUGUCUAAUAGCCUUGUAAUUACAGGCUUUUAGUCUUUAAAGUGUUAUUAAACUAUAGUAACACAAUAUAGUGUUACAAAGGGUGUCAGAGUUAUCAGGAGUUGUUUAAACAGCGUUUCCUUAGCUGUGGUACAUCAAAGCUUUUCAAAAAGAACCAAAUCUGCUAGUCUGUUAGUACACUAGAAUGAAAAACUUUGGGGGGGGUGGGAGGUGCAAUCCAUUCCUAACCAGUGUGGAUAGUUGAAUAGAAAUUUAGGUGCCUGUAAUUUGUUAGUAUUAGUGUUGUAAAUACACUCAAGUGCAUAUAAUUCUGCAUUUUUCAUCUGAGACACAGUAAUGCAUACAAACCUCUAUUUCUGCUAUCAUGGUUUAUGCAGUUGCUAGAAACCAUCUGAUGAAAUACAUUCUUGCCUCACACUGGUGCACAAUUUUAAAAACUAGCAGAUUUAACAAAACCCUCACUGUCUUUCUGUUUCAGUAGACUUACCCACAUAGUUGUGCACACUGCAGUUAAAAUGGUAUUUAUAGACUGAAAGAAGUAGCUCAUUGCAAUGUUCCAUAUUCUCAUUGUUACUUCCCCAUAAUAUUUAUGCAUUUUACAGAAGUUUGAAUGAGCUACAUAACUGACAGCACUAAGUCCUCAGUCUGCUCAGAAUACAGCUUUGUUUUAAGAGUAUAAUUGACAAAGAUCCUGAAAUUCUAAACAAUUUUUUAAAAAAAACCCAGAUUGCCCUUCAGUAGCAAUAUUGGCCUUGUAUGUCUGAUACUACUGUAGUGAGAACUCAUUUUUGUUAUCAAACCAAACAGAUUAAAUAUACCAACAGUUGGGUACCAGUAGAGUAUAACUAACAAUAACUACCUUUCACCUUUUCUAUUCUGAGUGUUUGAUCUGUAGUGCUCAAACAGAACUGCAUAUGUAGCUAUGUGGUACAGCCUAGUGGAUUCCCAGUUGAGUAGUGUAUGACCUUUGCAAUCAGUACUGUGCAUGACUAGUUAGUGACAGUGAUUAUUAGAAUGUAACCUCUGGAGUAAGAAGUCUGUUUCUCUAUUUGUUGUGUUUGCUCUUCCCAGCUGGAGUGCUGGGUCCACUAGCACUGAAAGACCAUAAAAGUUUGAUCUACAAAUCAUCACUUUUCUAGGAGGGAAAUAAGGCACCAUGUGAGAGAACUCAUUGGUCUUCUAUCCUUAUUCCAGAUGCCAAACAGUGUAAAGAUGAAUACAAAUAGACAAGUGAUUAAUGCUAUUCAUGUAUUGAGGUUAGCUGAGGAUUUGUUACAGAGACUUUUUUGGGUGAAACUGGAUGUAUUCUUUGAGACGUCCCUUUAGCAGUUAUCCUUGUAGUGGCUUUGUGGACUAGAUACUAACUGUUUUUCCCCCCACUCUUCUUGCCUAAUUCAGCAGCUCUGCUGAAUCAGUUUGCAUCAUUUCUUAGAUUUUUCACCCUUUCUUUUACCAAGCUAGUAGUUAACACAGUGAUGCAGUCCAGGGCAUAGAGGUGUAUGGACAUGCUUUGGCUAUAUUAAGUAUAAAUACUGACAGCCGUCAGUCACGUGAAGUAUAGAUAGGCAUGCCUUUGUCAUGCUGUGUUAACAUUUCUGAUUAUGCUAUUUUUUUUAAAAAGCAAUCUUCCCCUGUUAUAUAAAGGCUAGGAUGUUCUUUUUUAAUCAACUCAAAACUGGGUAAAGUAUUGACCCAUAUAAAUGUGCCAGACACCUACCUGAGUUGGAAUUUUCAUUAAUCUCCAGAUUCUAACUAGUUCCUCUGCAAAUUAAUCAGAACAGAUUUCGACAACUGCUGUUGAAAUCUGUGCACAUUACUGCUACAGGCAUUCUAAAAUAAUUAUUUUACAAGGAUUUUUCCCUUGUAUGCCAGAAAAGUGCUCAAUUUUAUUCCAGCUCAGUUAUGAUCUGCUGUUUGCUUUUUGAGCAUGUGAGAUUAAUAGACGCAGCCUUGGGUAAUACAGGAGAAUUUUAUUUGAAUCUCUUAAUAGUUAGCUGAGAGAUCACUUGCAGUGUCUAUCCAGUCCCAAUAAAAAUGGCCAUACUGGCUUUUUAUUGAAGAAUGCAGCACUUAGUGUCACUGUCUUAUGCCUUAAAUUGCCUCACUUUUGUCAUCUACCAUUAUGCAAAAAUACAUUAAUAAUUAUAGAAAUUCUGGUCUUGGUCACUGUCAGUUGUCAUUAGUUCCACCAGUACACCUUCAGUACGGAAGAGAGUAAUAAUCCUGUAUCUUAUAAUUGUUUAAAGGUAUAGGAACUUUUGAGUCGUAAGAGGAUACAAUAUAAACGUAGGUGAAGGAGGGGGAUGAGGUGCUAUCUUAUAGAACAGCUUUAAUUGACAAAAAUCUGAGUCAAACUCAAUUGAGUCUAAGAAGUGUAGUGUCUAACCAGGCACAUUGUGCACUCUGAUACAAUAUGUUGUUUGUUUAUGGAGUUGGGUCCUCCAGUUGAUAAACGUAGUUUUUAACUGUGCAAAAUUGUGACUUUGCCUGUCAUUUUGUACAGCAGCAAUUUUCUUUAAUUUUGAUGCAACUAAGUGGGAGGAGGAGAAGUCUUCGGAAGAUUUCAGCUCACUGUGCUGGGAGGGAGCAAACUCAAGGAAACCUCUCUAAUCUAUAUAAACAACUGCUGCAUUUUUUUAUAAAUAUAUGUAAAUGUCCUAUUGUAAUAUUUGAUCCUGGAAAUAAAACAAACUGUUUUCAGUA